GGCUACAGCCGGCGCCAGCGCCCGCUCGUCCGCCGCCCUGCGCCAUGGCGGGCUGCGCGGCGCGGGCUCCGCCGGGCUCCGAGGCGCGCCUCAGCCUCGCCACCUUCCUGCUGGGCGCCUCGGUGCUCGCGCUGCCGCUGCUCACGCGCGCCGGCCUGCAGGGCCGCACCGGGCUGGCGCUCUACGUGGCCGGGCUCAACGCGCUGCUGCUGCUGCUCUACCGGCCGCCGCGCUACCAGAUAGCCAUCCGAGCCUGUUUCCUUGGCUUUGUGUUUGGCUGUGGAGUGCUGCUAAGUUUUAGCCAGUCUUCUUGGAAUCACUUUGGCUGGUACAUGUGCUCCCUGUCACUGUUCCACUAUUCUGAAUACUUAGUCACGGCAGUCAACAAUCCCAAGAGUCUGUCCUUGGAUUCCUUUCUCCUGAAUCACAGUCUGGAGUAUACAGUAGCUGCCCUUUCUUCUUGGAUAGAGUUCACACUCGAAAAUAUCUUUUGGCCAGAACUGAAGCAGAUCACCUGGCUCAGCGCCACAGGGCUGCUGAUGGUGGUCUUUGGAGAAUGUCUGAGGAAGGCAGCGAUGUUUACAGCUGGUUCCAAUUUCAACCACGUGGUGCAGAAUGAAAAAUCAGAAACCCACACUCUGGUGACCCGCGGAGUAUACGCUUGGUUCCGGCAUCCUUCCUACGUUGGGUGGUUUUACUGGAGCAUCGGAACCCAGGUGGUCCGACUGUUCAUCCACGGGUGCCUGAAACCUGGGCGAGAGACGGCAGUUACUGGGAACCAGGGUGGCAGGAGAGGUGGCCCGCCACAUGCCCCUAAGCUCACUGCACAGCCUUGUGCUAACACUCAAGGGCCCGCCUCGAGCUCUGGGCCUCAAAUAUUUGCUGAGGGCCAGGGCCAUGGCAGUGGAUGGGGGAGGCCAGGCCCUGGUCCCGCAGAAGCUGCGUUCCAGUCGGGGAGACACGCCAAGGCUGGGAAGGACGCAUGGUGGAGCCGGACGGUGACAGCGAGCGAGGCCUCCUUUCACCAGGGUGGUCUUGGGAGGCCUGCCUGUUGACAUGCAAGCUGCGGCCUGAGUGACGAGCAUCCGUGGAAGCACCUGGAGCAAGAACCCUUCCUGCAGGGGCUGGGAGCAGAGCAAGCCCAGCUCCUCCGGGGACUGAGAGGCCGUGGGGGCCGGGGCGUGGGGGGGGUCCCGGAAAGGCUAUCGGGGCCCAGCACAACAGGCUUUAGAAAGACCACUGGCCGUGUGACGUGCUGGCGGGGCCGGGGCUGGGGCUGACGACAGUGGCUUGGAUUGGGGGCUGCAGUGGAGACAAAGCAGGUGGAUGAGACAGUGGAGCCAGCGGGAUCUGGGGACGGGUUGGAAGAGGGGUGAGGAAAGGAAUCCAGAUGUCUCCCUGGCUUCUUCCAGGAGCAUCUGGGUGACUGUGGUGCAUUUACUGAGAUGAAGCAGGAGGACCAUGUUCCAGGGGAGGAAAUUGAGUCCUGGGGCCAUUGUUGGAUUUGAGGUGCCCGUCUAAGCAGAGACCCCCCCCCCCCAGGAAGGGACACUUGGAUAUGAGUCUGGAGCUUGGGCGGGUCCGUACUGGGGACAGGGACUGGGGGUCGUCUGCACCACCACAGGGGUUUUAAAGCCAGGAGACCGGGUGAAGCCCCCGAAGGAGAGGGUGCAGAGGGAGGAGUAUGCCUGGGGCUGAGCCCUGGGGAAGACUGACAUCUGGGCCUUGAGCCAAGGAGGCAGAGCCAAGCCAAAGGGGCUAAAGGAACAGCUCGGGGGGCAGGAGGGAAACGGAGUGUGGAGUGUCUCUGAAGCAAGAGCAGAGCACUGUGAAGGUGAUGGAUGGUCUAGGCUCCUCAGUGCUGCUCUUCUGAGGCCAAGGGAUGGAAAGGUCACUGAUGAGUGGAUUCUUGGUGGGCGGGGGGCGUGGCCAGCAGUGGGAGGGGAGGAAGCAGAGGGCAACUCCAGACACCUAGGAAGUGGUGCCAGGAAGAGGGCUGGAGGCAGCCUUCCUGCUCACCCCAAACCUCCAGGAGCUUGGCUCCAGCCCAAGUGCCUUUCCAGUUACUGAAACUGACCACAGAUGCCAUUUCCCCACAGAGAUGUGACUCCCCCAGGUGUUGCCCCUUGUGGGCGGACAGGAGCACACUACUGGAAGCCAGCUGCUCACAAAGCAGAGCACACAGAAGGGAAAGGGCGCAAAUGAUAAGGGCACGGCUUAGUCUGGGCACACAGGACGUCACCUCCACCCAGAGGCCCUCCAGGAUAAUCACCAUCCAAAAUGCUAACAUGAGAGGUUAGUUCUGCUUGGUUUUGAGGUUUUAUAAAUGGAAUCACACAGUAUCUAGAGUAAACUGCUUUGAAUGUCAGCUUGGGAGGAAACAGCGUAACUAGUCCUGGAUAGACAAAGAUUGAUCAGAAUUUGUGCAGAAGGUAUGAGGAGUGGAACUUCUCAGUGUGACAUGUUAAAAUAGUCACUUAAAAGGAGGUUUGACAGUUUUGGAUUAAUGUGGCAAUUGUAUACACAAACACACACACACACACACACCCUAAUUUUCCUUCUUCCCCAAACUCACUAAAACUAGUAAAGGGACCAAAAUGAGGGGGUAAAAGAAAAGCCUCUCCAGGUUGAGGGCAGGAAAGGCUAACACCAAAAUUUUGGAGGCUGGAGAGCAUGUGGACAAGUGGUCACUGAGUUAGCAGACCCGGGAAGCCUGAAUUCAAAGUGCACAGAGCAAGCUGAGACCAAUUCCCACCAGAAUCCUCAGGGGGCUCAGGAAUGGGCAGCCCCGUUGCCUCUGCGGGACUGAGUGGGACUGAAAUAGGACGAUGAAGGUCAAGAUCCCUGCCUCUGAACAUGCUGGCCCACACCCCUCAGAAGUCUGCAGCGUUAGUCUCUGGGAGGGUACAGCACACAGGUGAGAACCAGAAAACCAGGUGUGCGUACAGAUGCUCCAGAUGGUGACCUUCCAGGAAGGAAACCGGGAAGAGAUCUAAAACUGACAUUGAGGCAUUGAAGAAAAAAAAAAGAAAAGAAAAGAAAAGAAAAGCAAAACAAAAAACCCUGACCACGCAGAUCCCUUACACUGAAACACCACCCAUGGGCUCAGAGCGUCCAUCCCGCCCUACUCCACCCCAACCCCACCCCAACCCCAACUCCUAACAUGAGCACGUAAUCAAAGAUUUCCUGACCAUCUGAGAAAAGCCUUUAACGUGGAAGAUAGAAACCUAAACAAACAAAACGUAACUUGGAGGAAAUAGACUUCAGGGAGAAGGAAACUUAAAGAAAUAAAAGCAGAGGCGGUUGCGGACAUAGCUCAGUGGUAGACCGCGUGCUUAGCAUGCACGAGGUCCUGGGUUCAAUCCCCAGCGCCUCCAUUAAAAAAACAAAACAAAACACCACCACUAGGGUGGGGGGGAGAAAGCAGACACCUAUCAGCCCCCGAGGGGCGACCAGGAAACAACAAGACGCUGUGUAACAAGAAGAGGGUACAAAAAUGCCUAUAGUUUAAAAUGUUUAAAAGAGCUCUUGGAAGUUUUCUUCAAAAAUGAAGAAAUGAAUAGAAGAGUUAGAAGAUAAGUGAGGAAAUCUCCCAGAAAGAACAGCAAAGAGAUGGAAAACAGGCCUGAAAGGGGAGGGUAAGUCAGAGGGCCAGCUCAGGGAGGCCCGUGUCCAAUAAGAAUUCCACAAGUGGAGAAAAUCAACUGACCAGUUCAAAAAGAAAUACGCCCAACAUGAAGGACAUGAAUUUCCAGAUUGAAAGGAUGCGCCAGUACCCAGUGGAUAGAACUAGACCCUCACCAAUGUGAAGCUUCAGGACACUGGGAGCAGAAAAGAUCCCACAAGCUUCUACGGAGAAUUAGUAGGUCGCAGUGCAAGGAUUAAGAAUCGGAGUGCCUUCAAACUUCUCAAGGAAGAGAAGCAUCUCCAAUCAAGAAUUUCCAUCUGGAAUUCAAUGUGCAGCGAAACAUUGUGAAGUCAAGUGUGAAGGCAGAAUAAAGAUACUGCAGACGUGUGCUAUUCAGAACAAGUCCCUCCUUUCUCAAGGGCUGCUUGGGGGAUGUGCUCUACCAAGCCGUGAGAGAGGAAACGCGGAUGGAGGAAUCAGAUCUCUGCCCAGAGCCAGGCAAGUGGAGUCCCCUGGAGGGUGGCGGAGGGAGAGCGCAGGCUGACCACUGUGCGCCGGCCCUCCAGGGCAACCAGCCCACCCUGGGGCCCAGUGACUUGAGAGACAGCACAUUGAGGACCUGCCACCAAAAAACCUCUGCCACUGUAGCACCUUUCAGUGCCCAAGUGUGGUGCUGAGAGCCUGGUCGAGGUUCCUGUCUAGACUCAGUUUAACUGUGUACUGAGGAAGUUCUCUUUCCUCUGUGUCCUGCUGUCUGGAUCCGCUGAGGACCCUCAUUGCACCCCCAAGGUGUAGAGAGGGGGGCCAUUGUGAGCCCAGAAGUGGGAACUCAGAGCAGCCCACUCAUUCUGUAUUUUUGCAGAUGGCCAGCACCUGCUCUGCCCAGGUGCCCUGUUUAAACGUUCACAACCCGGCCCACGGACUUCCCUGAGUGGGGCUCUUCCAAAUGUGUGGCGCUUUCGCCACACACAUUUGGAAGUGUCCUGGCUCCCUUGGAACACCCCCUGGUCUCAC